AUGUUCAGGUCACAAGGAAUAAAAAGAUGGACCAUGAAGAGAUUUUUAUGUUUCUCCAUAGGGACAGCAAGUAUUAUUUAUGCCAUACUCCUGAUACUGAUGUCGAUUCUGAUGUUAACACACACAUCGCACUAUAAUGAAGCGUUAUUCAUAGUCAUGUCCAUUUUAAACUGCAUUUGCUCCAUAUUAAUAUUCAUCUCAGUUGCACACAAAAAUGCCUUUACAGCGUAUAUAGCAUAUAAUGUGGUGGUCAUAAAUUAUGUGGUGGAAGGAAUUGAGUGUUUAAUAUGCCUGUACAAUACAUGUACUUCACAUAGCGUACAAUGGUAUUACGACAACUUCGAUUGGCAUAGGAAAAUAAUUUUUAAUUAUCUCAUAUAUUAUGGCAUACUAGAAAUGAUUGUUCAUAUUUUUAUGUUUAUCAUGUCCUUUUUCGUUAUACAACUCGUUUGGAGUUUUUAUCGAAUUUUGCAAGUAGGUGGAAAUAUUUUUUCUUUCCAAAGGGCGGAAGAUAUUGAGAAAAGUUUGCAUGGG